CGUAGCCUAACGGCGAUGACGUGGAAGCUUCCGGACACUCAGGUGGUAGAGCUGCAGUUCGAUCGGGGACCGGAGGGUUAAAGCUACGCACCGGCCGAUCAUUUCGCCGCAGCUCCCUCUUCGUCUCCGCCAAGCAAAAUGAUUAAAGCCAUACUUAUAUUUAACAACCACGGCAAACCCCGGUUGUCUAAAUUCUACGAGCAUUAUACCGAAGACACGGAGCAGCAGAUCAUCCGGGAAACAUUUCAUUUGGUUUCCAAGCGAGAUGACAACGUCUGCAACUUCCUGGAAGGCGGCAUGCUGAUCGGCGGGUCGGACAACAAACUCAUCUACAGACACUAUGCCACGCUGUACUUUGUGUUCUGCGUUGACUCUUCUGAGAGCGAGCUGGGCAUUUUGGACCUAAUCCAGGUCUUUGUAGAAACGUUGGACAAAUGUUUUGAGAACGUCUGUGAACUUGACUUAAUUUUCCACAUGGACAAGGUCCAUAACAUCCUGUCUGAAAUGGUGAUGGGAGGAAUGGUGCUGGAAACCAAUAUGAAUGAGAUCAUCACGCAAGUCGAUGCCCAGAACAAGAUGGAGAAAUCGGAGGCCGGUAUCGCUGGGGCACCUGCUCGAGCCGUAUCUGCCGUGAAGAACAUGAACCUCCCUGAGAUCCCCCGCAACAUCAACAUCGGAGAUAUCAGCAUCAAGGUGCCAAACCUGCCCUCCUUCAAGUAGCAGGACGCUGGUCAGUGCGUGUUAACCACCUCGUAAUCCAAAGUCAAAGACGUCUUUCAUUAAAGACGGGGAAAAAAACAUGGGUACAAGUGUGAUUUCUCUCUCUCACCUUUUUGGUGACACGCCCCUCGUGUGACUGUUCCUCUGAAGAAGAUGAAGUUCUUACAGUAUUUUCACGUAUCUCUGACGUUGUGCUCUUCUGUCUCGGCUGCUACACUAUUUAAAGGAGAAUCGGUACCUAACUAACGGUACGUAAUUACAGAAUAUUGCUAUAUAUAUGUAUCCCAUACUUUAUCAGACUGUUGUUUUGUCUCUCCUUAAUUAAGAGUGUUUUAAAUGUCUUGUUUCUGUUCUUUUGAACGAGUCUUUCGCUGUUACUUUUAAUCAGAUGUAAUUUUCUGUUUGCAAAAAUAAAGUAUUGAAUCUUU